ACCGGCUGGCUUCCGGGCGGUGAGGUGCGGGCCCAGGUCAAGGGGCGCCGGGCCGGCCAACGGGGGCGCGGGGGACGGGAGCUCCGCCGCGCUCCCAGGCUCUGGGCCUUCUCCGCAGCCCCUCAGGCGCCCGCCCCAGCCUGCCUGUUGGCUUGUUUUCUCCCCAGUCGUCGGCCCGGAGCAGCUGGAGUCCCACGGACUCACAGGACCCUGGAGGAGCCGCCUCUGCCAGGGGAGUCCCUCGAACUGAGAGGACCCGUUCUAGUGCGACCCGGCCGGGUCUGAGGUUCAAGCUCAGGUCCCCUAGCCCAACGGUUAGGAGAUGGAUGCGCCAUUUAAUCAGCAAGAAUUCACUGAACAGCCACUGUGGACCAGGCCCUGGGCUGGGUGCUGAGGGGAGAAAGAGGACAAGAUUGGCCUCCAGCCCUGAGCAGCUCACAGUCUAGUAGGAGACCUGUAAAGAGGCAGUUACUGUGCCACAGUGCUGAGGACUCAGAGGAGUGUGGAAUGGGUGUCUUCCACAGAGGCAGAGGCCACCAUGGAGCAGUGUGCGAGUGUGGAGAGAGAGGUGGACAAGGUCCUGCAGAAGUUUCUGACCUACGGGCAGCACUGUGAGCAGAGCCUGGAGGAGCUGUUACACUACGUGGGCCAGCUGCGGGCUGAGCUGGCCAAUGCAGCCCUCCAGGGGACCCCUCUCUCUGCCACCCUCUCCCUGGUGAUGUCCCAGUGCUGCCGGAAGAUCAAAGACACUGUGCAGAAACUGGCUUCGGACCACAAGGACAUUCACAGCAGCGUCUCUCGAGUGGGCAAAGCCAUCGACAGGGUGAGCCUGCGGGCAUCCCUGGGCUGGGGGUGGGGAUGCCCUGGAGCUAGUGUGUCGGGCUCGGUGGGAGGUGGGAAAGUGAGCGUGAGCAGCACGGAUGCUGAGUCACCGAGCCCUGUCUCUUGUCCUCGUCAGAACUUUGACUCUGAGAUCUGUGGUGUCGUCUCCGACGCAGUGUGGGACUCACGGGAGAAGCAGCAGCAGAUCCUACAGAUGGCCAUCGUGGAGCACCUGUACCAGCAGGGCAUGCUCAGUGUUGCCGAGGAGCUGUGUCAGGAAUCCACCCUGAAUGUGGACUUGGACUUUAAGCAACCCUUCCUGGAGCUGAAUCGAAUCCUGGAAGCUCUGCACGAACAAGACCUAGGGCCGGCGUUGGAGUGGGCCAUCUCCCACAGGCAGCGCCUGCUCGAGCUCAACAGUUCCCUGGAGUUCAAGCUGCACCGACUGCACUUCAUCCGGCUCCUGGCAAGCGGCCCCGAGAAGCAGCUAGAGGCCCUCAGCUAUGCCCGGCACUUUCAGCCAUUUGCACGGCUGCACCAGCGAGAAAUCCAGGUGAUGAUGGGCAGUCUGGUGUACCUGCGGCUGGGCUUGGAGAAGUCGCCCUACUGCCACCUUCUGGACAACAGCCACUGGGCAGAGAUCUGCGAGACCUUUACCCGGGAUGCCUGUUCCCUGCUGGGGCUCUCGGUGGAGUCACCCCUCAGCGUCAGCUUUGCCUCUGGCUGUGUGGCGCUGCCGGUGCUGAUGAACAUCAAGGCUGUGAUUGAGCAGCGGCAGUGCACGGGGGUCUGGAGUCACAAGGAUGAGUUACCGAUCGAGAUCGAACUGGGCAUGAAGUGCUGGUACCACUCGGUGUUUGCCUGCCCCAUCCUACGGCAGCAGACGUCAGAUUCCAACCCUCCCAUCAAGCUCAUCUGCGGCCACGUGAUCUCUCGAGAUGCGCUCAACAAGCUCAUUAACGGUGGAAAGCUCAAGUGUCCCUACUGUCCCAUGGAGCAGAACCCAGCUGACGGGAAACGCAUCAUAUUCUGAUACCCGCCUGGGAGGAACUUUGCAAAAGGGCUUUUCACCCUUGAGCCUUGGUCUUGUCUACGCGGGGGUAGCUGCUGUCUGUGGAUUGUGGUUCACUUCAGCGCAAAUGGCCGAGUGCCACUCCAGGCAGAGGCCAAGAAGGGAGAUGAACCAGUUUGUGCCAGGCAGCUGGCUCCUUGGCCAUGAAGGUAGGCAGACACUGGCCUCUGCACUCCUGCCGUUUCCCUAUCUGUAUCUGCCACUGACUUAGUCACAGCCAACAGAGAGGCAGAGGACUUGGCAGGCAACACGGACAUCUUCCCAGUCCUGGCAUCCUGCCCUCAGCCGGGUUGCUGAUGGCUACACCCAUGCUGUAUCUGCUGCUCCAGUGGUACAGCCUCACAACUGUAUGUAUCCACUUCCCACUGUAAAUAGUCAGGUUUGAACUGAAUGCCGUGGUUUUAUAACUGAGCAAAUAUAUUCACAGGCCUUCUCCUUA